ACAAUUUAUGGUUUUCCUUGAAACUAGUUAACCAUUCAUGGUUUUCUCUUAUUGACUUCUCCAAACGCUAAAUUUAUAUUAUCUAACAUUCCCUUGUAGUUGCAGUCCCAUACUUCACGUUUCACGCACUAAUUCGAAUUUGGAUCUUAAUUUUCUUUCUAUUCUUCGAUCUUGUAAUCCAGUUAGUUGGAGAUUCAAUAAUGAUGGAGAGAGCAGAUUCUGUGCAGAAGCUGUACACGCGUAUGCGACUAUGGGAAUUUACCGAUCAGUAUGUGAUUGAGCCUACAGAUGGCUCUUCUGGUUCGUCUUUGGCUGUUAGUCGAGUUGAUGGCUCCAUGAAACUAAUCGAUGAGGUUCCGGAAUGUACCACUCUCCGAGUUCCUAAGAUCUUUACAAUUUAUGGUGUUGUUGGGAUAGUGAGGCUUUUGGCUGGAUCAUAUUUGAUGGUCAUAACUGAGCGUGAAUGUGCUGGAUCUUACUUGGGGCAUCCAAUUUUCAAAAUUUUAUCCAUGAAGGUUUUUCCAUGUGAUCAUUCACUUAAAAGUACCCCUGCCGAACAGAAGAAGGCGGAGAUGGAAUUUUCUGGCCUACUAAAUGUUGCUGAGAAAACUUCUGGCCUGUUCUUCUCAUAUGAAACUAAUUUAACUCUGAGUGCCCAGCGGUUGAAUGACCUGGGUGAUGAGUCUAGAUUGCUUCCUCUUUGGAGACAGGCAGAGCCUCGAUUUCUUUGGAACAAUUAUAUGUUAGAAGUGCUCAUAGAUAACAAGCUUGACCCAUACUUACUUCCUAUAGUCCAAGGCAGUUUUCAUUACUUUCAAGCAGCCAUUGGGAAAGAUAUUAUUGACGUCACUUUGAUUGCGAGGAGAUGCACAAGAAGAAAUGGAACUCGAAUGUGGAGAAGAGGAGCUGAUCCCGAUGGAUAUGUUGCCAAUUUUGUGGAAACAGAACAACUUAUGCAGUUCAAUGGGUAUACUGCUUCUUUUGUUCAGAUUCGUGGUUCGAUUCCUCUGCUCUGGCAGCAAAUUGUUGACUUAACAUAUAAACCGAAGUUUGAACUAUUGAAACUCGAGGACGCUCCACGAGUCCUCGAGAGGCAUAUAUUAGAUUUAAGAAAAAAAUAUGGAGCUGUGUUGGCUGUUGAUCUUGUUAACAAGCAUGGAGGAGAAGGGCGGCUAUGUGAAAAAUUUGGCAGUACAAUGCAGCAUGUGGCUAGUGAUGAUGUAAGAUAUGUUCACUUCGAUUUCCAUCAUGUCUGUGGACACGUUCAUUUUGAACGUCUAUCACUGCUUUAUGAUCAAAUAUCAGAUUUUCUUGAGAGAAACGGAUAUCUUUUGUUGAACGAAAAGGGAGAGAAAAUGAAGGAGCAACUUGGAGUUGUUAGGACCAACUGUAUUGAUUGUCUCGACCGAACAAAUGUAACUCAGAGCAUGAUAGGCCGAAAUAUGUUAGAAUACCAGCUUAGAAGGCUUGGAGUCUUUGGGGCUGAAGAAACCAUUAGUUCACAUCCAAAUCUUGAUGAAAGGUUUAAGAUCUUGUGGGCUAAUCAUGGGGAUGAUGUGAGUAUCCAAUAUUCAGGAACUCCUGCUCUGAAAGGAGACUUUGUCAGGUUUGGGCAUCGCACCGUUCAAGGGAUAGUAAACGAUGGUUGGAAUGCUCUCCAAAGAUAUUAUUUGAAUAACUUUUGUGAUGGAACAAAGCAGGAUGCAAUUGAUCUCCUGCAAGGACAUUAUAUAGUAUCUGUUGGCCGAGAUACAGCUGCCUCUUCUCAGAAAGGAGGAAUUGAAGCUAUAGCUUCGUUUCCUCUGGCUUUCGCUCUGGUUUUAACUGGAUUUCUUUUUGCAACCAUGUCAUUGAGACAAGUUCGUUAUGAUUUUAGGCACUUCUUCUUUUCACUAAUGUGGGCUGGCAUUAGUGUCGGUAUAGCAGCUUUUGUGAGGGCCAACGGACGGGUUUUCUGCAACAGACCCCGCCUAAACAACCCCUCUCGUUAAGUUCUACGCAAAUCAAUUUGGGGAAUUAGAAUUUUGUGAAGUAUUCAGCUUCUGCAAUAGGAGUCACCAUCAGGGGAUUUAGUUCUACAUUUAAAUCUAUUAUACGAAUUCAAUCUUUAAGCCCCUCUUUUGCUGCUUAUCAUAUUUUUGUUAUUUAUUACUAAUUUGCAGUAUGUCAUAGUCCAAUGACAUCCUACUCAAGUGAUUGCUGCUUGAUUGAUGUUUCCCCCCCUCCAUGUAUAUUUGAUUUUUUUUUUAUCUGUACUUUUUGUUUAAGAUGGAAACAUUUUAAGGUUCCUCUGAUUAUAUUGUAUGCUUAUAAGCAAAUCCAUAUCAUGCAAUAAUUUUACAUAUUUAUUUUAUAAGUCAAGGUUACUACAUAAUAUUUGCCUUGGUCAA